CGGGGAAGAAAAUCUUUCGUGCCAAAUCGUAAUUUCAUUCGGGUCGAAUCGCAACUACAACGCGCACGUGAAACCACGGCUCUGGAUUGAAACUUCUGCUUUACGUUUGCCGUUUGCAUCACCAACUCCACCAGCAAAAUGGCUCUUAGCGACGCAGAUGUCCAGAAACAGAUCAAGCAUAUGAUGGCCUUCAUCGAGCAGGAGGCCAACGAAAAAGCAGAAGAGAUCGAUGCAAAGGCCGAGGAGGAGUUCAACAUCGAGAAAGGCCGUCUGGUGCAACAGCAGCGUCUGAAGAUCAUGGAGUACUACGAAAAGAAGGAGAAGCAGGUUGAGCUGCAGAAGAAGAUCCAGUCGUCGAACAUGCUGAAUCAGGCGCGUCUGAAGGUGCUGAAGGUACGCGAAGAUCACGUUGGCAGCGUGCUUGACGAAUGCCGCCGACGUCUCGGCGAGAUUACCAAGGAUGCCGGCCGUUAUGGCGAAAUCCUGACUGCUCUCAUCGCUCAGGGAUUGCUUCAGCUGAUGGAAGCCAACGUGCUUAUCCGUGGCCGUCAGGUGGACGCCCAGGUUAUCCAAAACAUAUUGCCGGCGGCUGUUGCAGCGUACAAGUCGAAGUGUGGUCGCGAUGUGGUGGUUACGUUGGACACCGAGUCCUUCCUGCCGGCCGAUAACACAGGCGGUGUUGAUCUUUUGGCACAAGCGGGGCGUAUUAAGGUUUCGAACACUCUUGAGUCCCGGCUGGAGCUGAUUGCUCAGCAACUGGUACCGGAAAUCCGUAAUGCCCUCUUCGGUCUCAAUAUGAAUCGUAAAUUCAACGACUAAAGGACUCCGGGCAAGCGAGUUCAAUGCACGCCAGCACUGCGCAUCGUGAGGGGCACGUUCAGGAUACGCGCCAUUACAUCAUGCAUGGGUAGUAUGGUGAACACACAAUAUUCACGCAAAGGACACACAAAACAGUGCAGUUUCAUCUUUUCAGAUAGAUUUUGUUAAAUGCCGUUUUCAAAUAUUCAACAUAGAUUUUCCUUUGACACCCAUUCACACAAAUCGAUAGUCAGAGAUGCAAGAAGCACGUAACAGUGUAGCGCAUUACCUUAUAGCUUGAGGAGCUUAAAGACCAAUGACCGCAAGCCGGCUGGCGAAUGUUUCCAGUGCGUUUAGGUACCACUCAAGACCAUUGUGACCGUGCCUAAACAUCUAACGGUACUGCCAAUAACACCUCGGUACGGUGUUUCUUUUUCCUCGCUAUCCCCAACCGCAAGAGUAGCAUUUGCUGUCUUCUUGCGUAUGUGAAAUCAUGUGCUUUUUUUCGUCCGGCAUGAUCAUGGCGAAUCCUUCGUGACAUACGCCCACGCUUGUUUGAGUUGUCGCGGAGUUCAACAUCUGUGCAGUGAUCCUUUUUAACAUCCAAGCCGCAACAGCAGGGAGAGAACACUGUAAAAUGGCCACUGUUUGGUGCUGAAGCUGACUGGCAUAACAAUCACCAGACGGUUGCGUUUUGGUCUCAGGCCGAAAAUGAGUAACGUAUCCGCAUAACGUUAGUAAUGCGAGACUCGUUUCCGUCGUUUAGUUCAGGACUGUUUGUUGUUUUCUUUUUGGUGGCCACAACACACACAUAAACCAGGCCUUACGCAGAUUAUAUAUAGGAACUAAGUUUUAACCAAAACGUCAUCUUCUAGUGGUGCGUUCAAACUAUAAUUGUUGUUACAUGUUAUAAUUGUUUUCUUAUGUUUAUCGCAUUCGAUUGCUUACAUUUGGGUCAUUUUUUCUUUCGUUGCCUCAACGUUAAACAAACACAUACUCUGCGUGGAUCGCAAUAGUUGUGGCACUCGCGCUGCGCCAUUGCUGCACACCAUGCGGUCGGUAUGUGUUGCAUUGCGGUACUUGUUCUAUGUAUGUUGCAAAUAUUUUCCCAACAAAAGCUAAACUAAUAUUUUCCCAUUCUUGGCUCGAUAAGUAAGUGUGUGGCGUCGUAGGAAAGGGCCAAUGGUGUAUACAUCCGUCAGCGACCGUUGAGUUAUCGAGUUUGAAAGUUGCCAAUGAAGAAAAGAGAAUAUGGAAAAUAGGCAAUCCGAUCCAAAGUUCGCUUGCCAAACAAACCCAACGAUACAUUCCUUAACGUUCAUUCCUUACCUUCGAUGGAAAUGGUGUGCAUCUUCUUCCACGGCUGUCAACAACAACGCCUGUCGUCUGGUGGUCUCCUUAAAUCGCGAUAGAACAUCAAUCAUUGUUGUUUCGGUAGAACAAAGGGUCAAUUGUGCUCUCCGUGUCGUGAGCAAAUACAUUUGCUGCACUUCUUCGUCAUACUCGGCAGAUGGCGUUUCGUAUUUAUUUUCGUGCCACAGCAUCUUGCUUUGAGAACACCAACAAUUGUAGUCAAACUCUUCUUGCUGAUCGCAAAGCAAUGGCAGAAAACAGAUUGGAACAGAUUGUUUGUCGGUGUUUUUCGAUUGGGAAAGCAGAAAUGUUUAACGUUUUGUAUCGGUGUGUGAUCGUGUCGGCUUUAAAUUUUGAGGAUUUAGUAUGCGUCAAAAUGUGUGUGAAUCACACCACCAUCAAUCGUAAUGGAUGAAUCGUUAACAAAUUAUUGGCAGUGAGCUACAUUCUCCUUUCAAAUUGCGUCCUUUUACCGUCUGCUUCCGAGAACCCUUCGAUGAGCGGCUGUCGAAGGUAUACAUCAGUGGUCCUCGCCUUAGCACUGCCACACAAAGUAAGAAACAAAACAAAUAUAUGUAUAUUGGAAGGAAACAAACGUUAAAUCUUAACUAAGAUAAAACAAAUAGAAGUGAAGUAAAACUACCAAGAAAAUACAAAAAAAA